UCAGGGUUGGAGCUAAACUCAGCAGGAAAGUGGACACUAACGUUACAGUUGAGAACUGCAUUAAUGUUGGUCUGCAUUAAAACUGUGCACGGUUCCAGUGCAGCGUUCGUAUACGCACAUACCAUAGUCUAUGUUUAGCUAACGUUACUGUGAUGCAUGCGUUUAAAGUGAUGAUAGCACAUGGUUAAAUUUAGCAUUCAAAUGUUCUAAAGCAAAACAUGUUUAGGUGUGUUUAAUGCAUAGUUUGUUUGUGAAGUGUUAUUUAUGCUUUGUUUUCUUUUCCCCCCCAGAUAACCAUGGUUGAUAAAUGGUCAGUAGAUGACACGUGCCACUGGCUUCAAACUAUAAACCUCAUUGAUGCAAAAGAAAGUUUCAGAGAGCAGCAAAUUGAUGGGGAGACUCUGCUGGGUCUCACAGAAAGGAUGGUGGAAAGACUUUUUCCUAUAAUGAAACAUCAGGUGACAUUUAUGAAGGAGCUUAAUAAGUUAAAAAACCUGGAAACUGAAGUGCCUCAAAUAUCUUGUACUCCACAAGAACCCUGUGAGAAUGAGGGCUCAUUUGUUGCCCAACCUUGGCCAGCAUUAUACAACCUGCCUGUCUUUCCCCCUGAAUUGCAAGCAGCUUUGCAGAGGAAGGAUCCCGGCUUUAAGAAGAAGGACAAGUCUCACAUCCGUGCAUUACUGAUUCAAGUGUUGUUUGACAGCAUCACUAAGCACACCUGGUACCCAAAUCAUAAAAUGUAUGGAGAUGUUCUGGGGAGUUUGAUCACCUGCUUUCCAUUUUUGAAGGAUGGCAGCUCCUCUGGUUAUGUAUGAACGUAUUGCUGCUCUUUUAAUAUUGUGAAAAUAUUGAGAUAAUUGCCAUUAAAAAAUCUCACACAGAAAAAAAUCUAUUUAAAAAAGAAAGUAUA